GUUGGAAAAAAAAAAAAAAAAAAAUAAACGCACGUCAGGACAUGUACGCAAAUAAACACUCGUGCCGACCAUCAACACGUUUUAGCAGCACAGGGGGACAUAAGUGGAAAACGCACAAUUUUGCAACAACACAAAUAUUUGGGGAAGGGCAAAUUGCUAACCUGUUCAGCUGAGCGGACAAAUACAUUUCAGUCAAGGGGAUAAGAAACCGCGCUCCUGUGAAGCAUUUUUACAAAACAGACAAGCGAACAUGAAAUUUUUCAAGCCUAAGAAGGAGCACACGCUGGACGACGCAUAUGGAAACCUGGAGAAGAGCGUGAAAAGCAUUGAUGAAAAUAUCGACAAGUACAACAAGGAGCUCAACAUCAUUAAGCAAAAAAUUGAGGAGGAAAAGAAAAAGAAGCCAGUCAAUCAACACGCCAUUAAUAACUUGAGAAACAAAGCGGCCAUCAUCAUUAAGAGAAAAAAAACGUAUGAAAGUAAUAAAGAAAAUACGCUCGGAAUUCAAUUUAAUAUAGACCAAAUAAAAUAUGCAAAUGAUAAUGUGCAAAUGUCAAUUGAUACCUGUAAGGCUCUGGAGAGCACAAGCAAAAUUAUGAAAAAAAAUAUGAAAAAAGUGAACAUUGCAAAAAUAGAAAAAUUGCAGGAUGACCUUUUUGAUUAUAUGGAAGAGGUAAAAGAAAUUGGGGAAGUUUUGUCUUCCUCUUAUGAUAUUCCCCUAGAGUUGGACGAAAACGAAAUUGAUGCAGAGCUGUCCCUAAUCGAGGAUAGCAUCAUAGACGAACAGGUUGAGGAUAACAUUACUGAUUAUUUAGAGAGUGACAAAGUGGAAGAGAAAGAGGAAAAGGCGCCGGAGCAGGAAAUGCCUGUCACGGAAAAAAACACAGAAUUUGUUAAAAAUAAAGCAAACCAGAGUGAAAGUUACUAUACGCAGAAGGAGAGCUAAGGUGGAAAAGGCGACCCUCAGUGGUAUGAAUGUUCGUUGCAGUUAAAGUGGGUCAAGUGAGAAAAAAAAACACACAAAAAAGGGAGAGAUAGGAUGGGGGGGUUAACCACUGCACUGCUCUUCUUCUCUCAUAAGCUGCUUACACAGGUGUGUGCAUUUAUUUACCCCCGCAUUGGGGCUCCACAACUGCGAGCCGUACACUUUUCGCUUCAACGCCCUCGCAUGGGCAAGGUAAGCGGUUUAAUAUUUGAACAUGUUAUCGUAGUGGCACGUACCACAUUUUGUGUGCACCCCUGCUGAAUUAAUGUAGAAGGUAUUCCUUUUUUUUGGGGAGGCCUUUAUUUUUUUUUUUUUUUUUUUUGUAAAUUAUCGAAUCCUUUUAACGCCUUUUUUAUGCCCCAAGUGUGGCACCCAUAU